AUGGUAAUGCUAAUAAAAAAUUUUACAUAUAACUGCCCAAUUAUAUUAAAUAUAAAACAGAGAUAUAUAUGCACAAAUUAUUUCGUAAAAAUAUCUGAUAUGGAAAAGAUAAAAAACAAGAAAGAGUUAUACAAUUUUUUAGAAAUUUAUGAAAGUAUAAAAAAAACGUUGAAUAAUAACAAUAAAGGCAAAAAAGAAAAAUAUUGUGGAUACAUAAAGAACCUAUUUUGA